AUGCAGACUUUUGAACACAGUGGUGGCUUCAGCAUUGGGGUACGAGAAAGAGAGAGUGAUGAUCGUUACGGCGACCGAUAUCCUCGAACUCGAUCUGAAGAGGCUCAAUGGAAUCAGGAGAACCGUGUCCCCGGAGAUAGAGGCUCCCCAGGGGCAGACACAAUCAGGCGCAGUCCCUGGGAGGGCCACGAACGCAACCACCCUCCAAUGUCUCAAGAGCCGUCAGCCCAAGACCGAGCCGUCUCUCCGCCUCCUGUUGCACCCUCGGCUCCGGCAUUUGGAUCUGUUCCAAGUCACACUGGGAGUAACUCUGCCUUUAUCCCUGCCCAAGUGUGUCACGGCUUUAACCUGCACCAUUUUCCAACAAUUCCUCCAUUUGUAAACCCCGCCCAAGCACAGCAGUCGGAGCCCACGAUGUACAAGCCUAAAUUAUCCUAUAAUUGUGCCGUGUCGACUUUCCACUAUAACGAUAAUAUAGGAAUGCCUCAUGAGUUUGAGCUUAAGCAGCCGAUUACAACAGCUUCAGAAAACGGCACUUUAUACACGACACAGUGGGAUGACAUUCUCUUACCAGAAAUCCUCAUAAAAGCUGAUCGUGAUGGUAGAGAAGGAGAUCAAGAGUUUGAGAAGUGGCGGCCUUUCAAUAAUGACGAGGACUCUAAUUCACGAGGAUCCAGCAAUGGGGCACGAUCAAACUACAGUGCUAACUCAGAACAGGUCGAAGGUGUUUCAUUUACUGGAGAAUUUGGUUAUGAAGCUCAAUUUUCGGACGAUGCAGACUCGAUAUACACAGCAGAUCCUGAUGUUCCGCUAUCUAAGAAGAACGCAAAUAUCUGUUGGCUUGCGGACGACUUGUUUAACAAGGCCUUUACGGAGAAGCCCGAUGAGGACGGCCUAGACAGAAUAGAAAAAUUGCUUCCUCAACUUCUAAAGACGUUUGCUAUAAAGGUUGGAUCUGGUGGUUCAACGCAGAUAUAUAGAGACGUGAUGGUAUUUGUGCGAAGGCACAGAAGUGAAAUUACCAAGGCCAUGAGGGAUAGGUAUAAUGAGGAGAAUAACCUCCGCUCCGAUGUUCUCGGGAAUAAUGUUACAAGAAUAGAUCCGGGAGAUCUUGUCAGGCAUUGGCGUCAGCACACAGAUACAUUAGAAGAUCUGAAUAUUGCUCCUAAUGAGAUCUCGGGAGAUAUAAGCGAUUAUAUCUAUUACGAGGAUCUUGAAGAAGCCGACCCAGCCGCUGAUUCUCUGCCAGAGCUUUCUGUUUACAAAGAUUUUAUAUCGAAACUCCCCGAGUACAAAUGGCUUUUGGAGCGCAUCCAGGGAGCCCUGUACAUGGAUAAUGCUGGAAAUGUGCAGACUAAUAUCAGGGACGCAAUUUUACAGUGCCUGCCCAGAGCCAAAAGAAUCAGCAGAGGAGCAGCACCACAAACGCAUAAUUUGACCUUUACUGCAGACUGGGACCUAUGUGAAUUUCUACAAGAACAAGGAUACCUAGACAGCCCUGAGAGAGCAGUGGAACGGGCUAUUACAAUUACUGGAUCGGAAACAGAUGCUCAAGCAGCAACGACGGCACAGUAUCUAAGUCAGACGUGGCCAUCAUCUGGCAUUCACCUUUUACAUGUCGUGAAGCGUGUGGUGCAGGAUACUUGCACCGUACCAUAUCCUCAUAAUCUACCAGAUGGGACACGAUUAAUUGUGUGGUCUCUAGGGCCGUGGUUUACGCUUGAAGUCAUUGGGGUAGCAGACUCCAUUGUAGAGAUCGGAGAGCAGCUCGCUUGGCUCGGUUCGGCUCUCCGUGUAUCCCCCUACCAGACGGGAGUUGCUGUCGUCAAUGCAUUUGUGAGCAGAAUGUGGAUAAGUCCAGCCAGUGAGGUGACCCAAGGAUCCAGUUCAAAUUUCUUCUGCAAUAUCAAUUUUAACCUCGACGCCGUCGAUAGCACUGGCGAAAUACCGAAUGGCCAGUGCUGGCAUGACUUAUUCCGAAAUCCAGUUAUAGUGAAUGGCUAUCCCAUUCCGCGGAGGCCACUAUCCAAUAUGGGACUUGAAAUCAGUCUAGAUACUAUGGCGCACUUGGCAGGAACACGUCAUAUCCACCUCUUCAACAACAAGAUAUUCAUCAAGGCCUUUUCGACCAUGCUGGUUCCAACGCGACAUUCUGACAAUAUCUUUGUUUGGCACUUGUUCUCUAAGAAGAAUGGAGAUCGCAUCUCAUAUCUGGACAGCGAUGGCUCCCACGUUGAAGAAACUAAUCUUAAUGAUUUGGAAACAAGUCGGCAUAUUCUUGGUUGGUCCUCAAGUGUAAGAUAUAUUACAGGAGCUGCCGAUGCAAAUUAUGUGAUUGAAAGUUCCUGGUUGAGAUGCCUUCAUGAGAAUUGCAACUUGAAUGGGAAGGUGGUAACCCCAGGCCUAUUGAUUAAAUCUGAUCACGCAGCAGCCCUGGGGAAAAGAGACGUGUCACUACGAGUCUCUGGCGAUACGUACAGGAAAAAGCUAUAUGCCCUGUCUAAUGAGUACGUGGUGCUUUGGGACGUGGAGUGCAAACGUGGAUGGUUGGUGAAUGGAGUGAAUGCAUUGCUCCAUCUCCUGCGAGCAUCUCUUGAGUUUAACAAAUCAGAUGAUUUCUCAUUUAGAUUUCUCUUCAAGUCUGACAAGUUUAGGGAAGCAAAGAACCCUUAUACCGUCUCCGCAGCGCUUGAGGUUCUUAUGAAUGCCUCAAAUCUCGACAUGGAACUUUAUGAGGAAGAUGAGAAGGACGAAUCAAACGCAAGCAUCAAGUAUCGAAUUCGUGAUCGCGUCAAUGAUUUGUACGGGACCCUUGAAAAACUCAUUGAUUACCAAAGAAGUAUAACAUCUGAGCGGUUCAAAUCUUCUCCGCGGAAGGACCUUGAGGGCUGGGACUUCAAAGACAUUGCAAUAAACAGCGAAAAUGCUAUCUAUCCGUGUCUCGCAAAGUUGAAAACGGUCGGCAAGGGAUGGGUGGAUUUUAUCCGAGCUCUCAAGGCUGUCACAGUGUUUGGCAGAAACUUUGGUGCUUUACUUGACCACGUACCAGAAACUGGCAGGUGCAGGUACUGGAAGACAUUACCAUCAAACAAGUAUUAUCUGGCUGCUGGUAUGGAGGAUCUGAGCAGGAUAAUGAGCCGCUUGGGGGAUCCAAGAGCGAAUCCCCCACUAUUGAUAGGCUCAAUUGCGUGGUAUCCAUCCGAGAUCGCCACGAGAUGUGCGUGCAGCGCCGGCACAGUGAAGCAUAGCGAGCUUGCUCAAGUUCUAUGGCCAUCACAUAUGAGGGAGAGACUGCGAAAGAGCACCUCCUUUCCGCUGAACAAGAUUGGCGCUGUGGUAUUUGGUCACAAUGCAGACAUUAACUAUAUAUGGAAAGAUAUCGGAGACCCUGACAAAGGAGAGCCUCCGUUAUCGGGUGAAGAGUCAGAUGAUGACCCUGCAGAUAGCGGGAUUGGCUCGAGUGUUCGUUUGCCCACCGAACCUGAGUCACAAGGUCAUUCACCCACGAGCUCCAGUUCCGGUAUUCGUGCUCUUCAACACGAGCACUAUAUGAUCGGAAUAAUUUGUGCCUUACCCGAGGAGUUGAAGGCCGUGAGGACCCUGCUCGACAGCCAUCAUCAAGAUCUACCAAAGCGACACAAAGACAUGAAUACAUAUGUCCUUGGCUGCUUAGGAGGCCAGAACAUCGUUGCUGCUUGUCUUCCAUAUGAAGAUUACGGUACGAAUGCCGCUUCCAAAGUCGCCUCAGACAUGGAGAAAAGUUUCACUAAUCUGAAAUGGUAUUUCGUCGUUGGAAUUGGAGGAGGAAUACCUUCAGAAAGGCAUAAUAUUCGACUGGGUGAUGUCGUGGUCGGCACCGGUGUCAUUCAGCACGAUAUGGGCAAAGCGAUGCAAAAGGACACCAAGUUUCUAAGCACAGGAAUCUUUAAGCCCACGGCCACUGAACUACGGACUGUAAUCAGUCUCGUUGAGUCUGAGCAAGAAGGCUGUCAAGUUUUCAUGGAAACUUGUAUAGAAUUCAUGUCCAGCAAGUCUGAUGCCUAUAAACAACCUGCGCAGGACCACGAUAAGCUGUUUGAACCUCAUUCUAUACAUGAAGAUGGCCAAAAAACAUGUGGAAACUGCAAGGGCUCAUACUCUUCCAGGGGAACCCAGGAGCCCGGGCCGCGAAUUCAUUACGGUCGCAUUGCCUCUGGAAACCAGGUUGUAAAAGAUGCAAUGAUGCGGGAUCGUAUUCGCGCACAAACCGGAGCUUUAUGCUUUGAAAUGGAAGGCGCUGGCGUCAUGACAACUGAACAAUGCUUGAUUGUUCGAGGAAUAUGUGAUUAUGCGGACUCGCAUAAGAAUGACGAGUGGCGUAAUUAUGCAGCGGCGACUGCUGCUGCUUAUACCAAGUACUUUCUCCUCCGCAUGGGCAGCUCUGCCGUGUACAAUCUCGAAUCGGGUCAGCGAAAGAAGCGAACGACCUCGGCUUUAGACGAUGAGGGUUGCCGAAGGACCAGAUUUCGGCUUGGUGAGGAUUGA